AUGUCACCCACCAAACAAGGUCGCAAAAUCGCCAUUGUCGGCGCGACAGGAUCAGUCGGCACCCCAACCCUCGAGGCCCUUAUCGCCCAGGGAAUCCACACCAUCACCGUCAUCACCCGCCCUGACAGCUCCAACAAAGUCCCCGAAGCCGGCGUAGCCCGCGUCGAGCGCGGCGUUGCGUCCGACGCCGACUUUGCCGUCCGCGUCCUCAAGGACCAGGAUGUGCUGCUGCUGCAGCUAGGCGUGGGCGCCAUGGGUGACCAGCCGCUGUGGGUCGAGGCCGCUGCCAAGGCCGGCGUGCCGCUUGUGGUCCCGACCGAGUUCGGAAGCGACCCGGACCCGGAGUCGCGCAUCGUUAAGGAUGUUCCCAUGCUCAGCGGCAAGAAGCCGGUGCGCGACCUGAUCGAGGAGCGCGGCAUGUCGUGGUUCGCCAUCGUCAACAACCCGUGGUUCGACUGGUCGCUACCGCAGGGACUCUGGGGCUUCGACGUCGCCGCCCGCACGGCCAGGCUGUACAGCGGCGGGAAGACAAAGUUCCCCACGACAAACAUCGGGACGGUCGGCAAGGCCACGGCGGGUCUGCUGUCGCUGCCCGAUGCGGAGCUGACCAAGUUCCGUAACAAGCCAGUGUUUCUCAAAUCGUUCUACAUCACGCAAAGGGACGUCUUGGCCAGUCUGCUCAAGGCGACUGGGACGGAGGAGAAGGAUUGGAAGAUUGAAGAGGUCGACUCGGACCAGUUCAUCGAGCAGGCGGUCAAGGCGGGUGGGCCCGAGUUCUUUGCUGCAUUUUAUGCCAUGCACAUGACGGAGGGACGGGGAGGAGACUACAGCCACAAGAUUGGGAACACGAUGGAACUGCUGGGGGCAGUUGAGAAGGAGACUCUCGAUGAGACUGUGGCGAGGGUUGUAAAAGGCAUUUAA